GUGAGGCUGUAGCGCAUUAGUUGCCGAUCUCCCGCAACGUUAGGGUGUAAAGCCACUGUGGCGGUAGCUGUCAGUGCCAAUGUGUGCCCCUAUUAAAAAGAGCCCAACAUGCUGGACCCGCACGGUACCUCAUCUCAUAGGUACCUCCUUAUUUAGUCUUGUACCUGUCGCGCUAUGUUCGUUUGUUAAAGAUGCAACUCGUAUCUAUUAACUAAUACUCUCCUCAGAACACUUUUUUUUUUUUCCUACUUUGCGAAUGGAUCCUGCUUGUUUCACCAAAAAUAUGAACCCAAGAAAAAUGAAAUUUCGCAUAAACCUACUAGUCAUCACCCGUCGAAUUUCACCAUGAGUUCGGAGCUACAAGCACAAAUCCGUGCCACCCUACAGAAUCAGGGGUUGUCAGUCCCGUCUCUGACUUGGAUACAAAGUGCUAUGCCAAAUCGAAACCCGCUACCUCCUCUGCCCGUAUUGGUAGCUACGAUCAAGACCCGUCUACUGGCCGCUGACCUGACAACCCCGGGUCUCUUCGACUCGCCGUCACCAGCGUUGCCAUCCAACUUGGGUAACCCCGAGGUAAAAGAGGUCAAACUGCCCCGGGACGUCCCCGUGCAAGUCUUGGAUAUCGACAACUUGUCCAAGAGCAAAUGGGAUCAAGUCGAGGAGCUCGAGGCCAUCGCGCGCGGGGAGCAGACCCGAGGUCGCGAAAUCAUCCGCCUGCCCACCGGCGGCAACGAGGAAGACGAAGACGGGGGUGCGGUCAGCCAGGGCGCGGCCGCCAAUGCUAAUGCGGCGAAUUCGGCGGCGGCGGCGGCGGCAAGAAACGCGACGCACAGGCUCGUGCUGCAGGACUGCAAGGGCCAGAAGGUGCACGGGCUGGAGCUCAAGCGCAUCGACCGCAUCGGUAUCGGCUCGUUGAAUAUCGGGGAGAAGAUGAUUCUGAAACGAGGCACGACGGUCGCGCGUGGAGUCGUCCUUCUGGAGCCGACGACGUGCGCCGUUCUAGGCGGGAAGGUCGAUGCGUGGCAUAGAGCUUGGACGGAGGGGAGGUUAGUAAGGUUAAAGGAAUCGGUGGCUGCUGACGCUCGUGGCUGACGGGGUAUGAAAGAGUGAGUGUAAAGGGAUUAAGGGUGGAAGUCUUUAAUAUUGGUGAACUUGUUCCAUAAGUGAGGUACUUAAGAUAUAUUUACCUUAAAGUUAUCUAAGUUGUAUGAACCAAUUAACUUAACUAUAAGUACCUUAUAAGGAAAACAUGAAAGCUCAUUUUAAAUUAAACUCUUACCUAAUACUUUACAUCCGCAAACAAGCAUCAAGUCAAGCUGAC